AUGCAAAUGCAGCCAUUUCAGUGCGCAUGGAUUGCGCUGGUCGUCGGGUUUAUGGUAAUAUCGUCUGCUUCUGGGGAGUUUCCUACCACAGUGGAUGGGAAAUGCAACUGCUACCUAACCAACACGACUAGCCAGAGCUUCUUUAGCAGUCACAUGUUCUUCGAUUUCCGGAACAUGAAGCAAUAUGUCAACGUGACGCAGCCUCUUCAAGAUCCUGCAGCAAACAAUGAGGCUGGUGUGACGAGUCCAUACUUUUCCACUCCUGCAUGGAAGAGCUUCUGGGAGAUUCAGAGUUGGAAUAACAGUGCUAGGCUCGGUGGUGAAUCUGGGAGCGACGCAGCUGUGCUGAUGGUCAAUUCGCCGAACAACAUAUACUUCGCGCCAAACAAUGAUACCAAGGCGUCAUCAAAGACUUACCUUACACUGCGAACUAUUCGGCAUGAUAAUUUUCAAUCAGCAGCAGAAUUUGACUCGGUAUCCGGAACUUAUAAAUAUCUUAGCAUGCGGAUGCUUGCCAGAACUCGCGGCGCCAGUGGUGCUGUCACGGCGAUGUUCACCUACCGUGGCGGUGAUGCGAGUACCAACGUGCAAGAGGCAGAUCUUGAGAUUCGCACAAAGGAUCCGGUCAACACAAUUCAGUACACAAAUCAGCCGACACUUUCUAACAGUACCGGAUCGACCCAAAACAUCACACUACCUGCGCACCUAGCAUGGAGCGACUGGCAACAUCACCGAAUUGACUGGACGCCGGGGGCCAGCACCUGGUUUGUCAACGGGAAGCAGGUUUCUCGUAUCACGGCGCAGACGCCCCGUGACCCAAGUCAAGUCCUUUUCAACGCCUGGAGCGAUGGCGGCAGUUGGGCUGGUAGCAUGGCUAUCGGCUCGGAGGCAUACCUACAAAUUCAAUGGAUCGAUAUGGUGUUUAACAACACAGACGCCGGGAGCGUGGGAGUCAAUCCGAACGCAGGACAUGGCGGCCGUUGCUCGAACGUCUGUAGCAUCGACCAGACAAAGACGAUCGGCACUCCGGUGUUGAUCUCGACUGAUGCGAGAGGAGGGCAAUCCUGUUCCGCUGCCAAAUACGGACAAUGCGCUGGACGAAAUUGGAAUGGUUGCAUCAACUGCGCCCAGGGCUCGUGCAAAUAUCAGAACGACUGGUACUCCCAGUGCCUAUAG